CACUCUUCACUUCUACAGGUCACCUUACCAUUGAUAUCAAACCCUAGCAGCUAAAUUCAUUCUCUAGCUAGCCAUGGCAACUAACUCCAUUGCUUGCAGUAUCUUCAUCUUCUUCCUCAUCUGCAACAUCACAUUCUCCAAUGCUUGUGGUUCAUGCACACCCUCGACGCCACUACCACCAAAAGGCCCCCCAGCAAACCCCUUUUGUCCUCGGGACACUCUGAAGCUUGGAGUUUGCGCCGACGUUCUUGGUCUGGUCAAUGUAGUCGUCGGAUCUCCAGCAUCUAGCAAGUGUUGCGCGUUGCUUGAGGGUUUGGUUGAUCUUGAAGUUGCAGCUUGUCUUUGCACAGCCAUUAAAGCUAAUGUGUUGGGAAUCAACCUCAAUGUCCCAAUCUCUUUAAGCUUGUUAGUUAGUGCAUGUGGCAAGACCCUCCCACCAGGGUUCAAAUGCGAAUGAGCACAUGAGAUCUAUCGAUCCAUUUUCAUAUAAGGUUAUAACACCGUUGUUUAAUUCAUUCUUCAUUUUUAUUUUAUCUUAAAAUGAAAAUGAAAUGGAUUAAACAAAAUGGGUUGCAUUUUUUUAACGUUUAAAUUGUGAAUUUGUCAAUGGGGUUCUUAAAUAGGGUUUUCUUUUGUCAUAAGCAUUGUGGUUUGUUUUAUUCCUCUGGAUUUUGUCGUAUGUAUGUUUGAUUUGGUGUCAAUAAGUAGGCAAUAAUUAUUGCCUAAGUGUGAUAUGAUUUUGUUAUUUAUUUACCAUGAUUUUAUUAA